CAAAAACCCAACUGGACUUAUUAUCGAUAAAAGUGGACUCAUUAGUUUUAUAAUAUUUUGUCCUUUAAUUAUUGAAAUAUAAACAAUAAUAUUUGGAUAAAUAAAUAUACCAUCAAGUAGUGUCAAUAAACUAUCGAUGGAAAGUAUUUUCGGUCGUGGCCACGAUGGAUACGUGGGACGUGCGGAACAUAUUAAAAAACUGCAAAUGAACAGCUCGGAAGAUGACAAUCUAGACGAGCUUCCGCCUAUGAUGGAGGACUUGUGCGUGGUAGACGGCUUACGACCCAGUCCCGGCGGUCCAUUUUCUGCAUUAACACCCUCAAUGUGGCCACAAGAAAUUCUCGCUAAACUUGGGCAACCAGAGGCAGAAUCAACUGGCCCUAACGAUCAACCUGACUAUCGUUUUGAUGAGUUCGGAUUUCGCGUGGAAGAAGAAGAUGGACCUGAACAAAGCUCGAAUAAACUUCUUUCUCAGCCAUUUAUGGAAGAUGCGCAACAUCGAUUGCAAUGGAUUGCUCAUUUGGAGUUUUCACACAAUAAAGAGGCUACUGAGUUAACUUGGGAAAAUGUAGAUGUAAUGUUGCCACGUACUGAAAAACUUCGAAAUAUGGUGCGUGAUGGCAUCCCACAUUCCUUGCGGGCACAAAUGUGGAUGCGAUUGUCAGGAGCGUUAGCUAAAAAGCAGAAAAGCGAAACCAGUUAUCAUGAUAUAGUAAAGGCUUCAGGAAAUGAUCAACUUAUGACCUCAAAACAGAUAGAAAAAGAUCUGUUGCGGAUAUUACCGACUAACGCAUGCUUUAGCAAUCCGCACGGCACUGGAAUACCAAGACUUCGUCGUAUACUUCGUGGUAUUGCUUGGCUUUUUCCAGACAUUGGUUACUGUCAGGGUACUGGUGUUAUAGCUGCAUGCUUACUACUUUUUAUGGAAGAAGAAAAUGCUUUUUGGAUGAUGGCAACAAUAGUGGAAGAUCUCUUACCCGCAUCAUAUUACUCCUCAACUUUAUUAGGCAUACAAGCUGACCAGCGUGUAAUGCAAACUCUGAUUGCGAAUUAUCUAACCGCUGUUGAUGAAACAUUGAAGAAACACGACAUCGAAUUAUCUCUCAUCACUUUACAUUGGUUUCUAACACUUUUUGCCAAUGUAGUUCACAUGAAGAUUUUGGUUCGUAUUUGGGAUUGGUUCUUUUAUGAUGGUAGCAUCGUACUCUUUCAACUUACUUUGGGUAUGCUAAAGUUGAAAGAAAAGGAUUUAAAAAAUCUAGAAAACUCUGCUCAAAUAUUUAAUUCGCUUUCGGACAUUCCUGGCGAAGUGGACGAUGUACAGAUUCUUUUUCACGAAGCACUGGAAGUGGGUGGCUCUUUGAGUCAAACUGUUAUCGAUACACAUCGUCGUCGUCAUCUUGCCUAUCUUAUGGCCGAUCAAGGUGGACUCGUUGGUAAUCCCGAAGCAGUUCCAAAUCUCCCAAAACAACAUUUGGCACGUCGUCAAGUCCGAAAAAGCAAAUCAAUAUUAGAAACACUCCUCUUUCGUGGCGAUCCUGAUUCAGUCGAAUUAAAAAAUAAAAAUAUACGACAAACAGAAAUUCUUGUCGACUUGCGUGAGGCAAUAUUAAAGGUAGCACGUCACUUUAUUACCAUUGAGCCCAAAUUGGCAGCGCAUAUACAGUUGACAGCGAAUUAUAGUACUGAUUCGCACGCCAAAGAUCAUGAAAAUUUCAUCAAUGUCGCGCGUCGACGAAAGCGGCGAGCCAAAGCAUUGCACGACUUUGAACGACAUGAUGAUGAUGAGUUAGGCUUCCGUAAAAAUGAUAUAAUUACAAUAAUCAGUCAAAAAGAUGAACAUUGUUGGGUAGGAGAACUGAACGGACUUCGCGGCUGGUUUCCUGCUAAAUUUGUAGAGUUGUUGGAUGAACGUAGUAAAUUAUAUACUUCUGCUGGUGAUGACGCAAUAUCGGAAACAGUUACAGAUUUAGUUCGUGGAACAUUAGCGCCUUCUAUCAAAGCUUUUCUGGAGCACGGCAUGAAGAGACCAUCAUUUUUAGGUGGUCCGAUACAUCCAUGGCUCUUCAUCGAGGAGGCAGCUACACGUGAAGUUGAAAAAGAUUUUGAAUCGGUAUAUAGUCGAUUGGUGCUAUGUAAGACGUAUCGGCUAGAUGAAGAUGGAAAAGUUUUGACGCCAGAAGAGCUUUUGUUUCGUUGUGUACAAGCCGUUAAUCAAUCUCACGAUGAAGCGCAUGCGCAAAUGGAUGUCAAAUUACGUUCACUUAUAUGCCUCGGCUUGAAUGAACAAGUGUUACACUUAUGGUUGGAAGUAUUAUGCUCAUGUCUGGACAUUGUACAAAAGUGGUAUUAUCCCUGGAGUUAUAUAGAUUCGCCAGGUUGGGUGCAAAUCAAGUGCGAGCUGAGGAUACUCUCCCAAUUUGCCUUCAAUUUAAAUCCAGACUGGGAAUUACCACCAAAGAGAGGCAAAGAGUCACAGCCUCUAAGAGAUGGGGUACGUGACAUGUUGGUUAAGCAUCAUCUAUUCUCAUGGGACUUGUGAGUCAUAUAGAGAUAUAAGCGACCAAUGCAUUUGUUUAGUAUUUUAUUGUUACUUUUUAAGAGUAGGCAGCAAGCCCUAAUAUUCUGGGGUAAUGAUUAGUUUUAAGAUUUUUUUUUAUUUGAAAUUCCGUCAAGGUCCCCGAAAGACCCACCUUUGAGGUGCAAGUCUUGCAUGAUUUUAUAUUUCUCGAAACAAAAGCAUCUAAAAAUUUAUGCCUUUGGGCGAACGGCUAUUAUUCAGAAACAUAAAAAAAAUUCAGCAAACCCUACAUAUUAAGAAAGAACUAAAAGCACACAUUCCAUUUUAAUUAAAUAUACUGUACUUAUAAAAUAUUCAAUUAUGCACAUAAAUGUACGCACCUAUGUAUGUGAAUCUUGAUUCCUAAUUCAUAUAUGUAUGUACGUUUUAUGCUUACAAUAUGUAUUUUAUAUAUUUAAAUAUGUAGCAAGUAUUGACUUCAGUAUAUCAAUUAAUCGCUUCCUUAACUAAAUAUAUAAAUCCUUGCCCUUUGGAAAGCUAUAUGUAACUUAAGUAUUUUCAAAUUGCUUUCAACGAAUGUAUGUAUGUAAAUAUUUUGCGGAAUACGAAUUGUAUAAGAAUUAUUUUUUAAAUAUAUGUUUGUUGUACCUUACAUUAUAAAAGCAUAUUACACAGUUUGUGU